CACACACGCAGCCGAGUGAGGCAGCCGCAGCCGCCGCCGCCGCUCCUCACGUCAUCCGGCUCUCGGGCCGAGCGAGCGAGCGAGAAAGAACGACGUCGACAACGACGACGACGACAACGUCGACGACGUCGACGAUAACGACGACGACGACGACCGGUGCGGAGCGUGACGCGGGGCAAAGCGGAGCGGCACGACCCGCGAGACCAAGAAGGAUACGAGGCGACGAGCUGCUGCUCGCUGCUCUCGGUCGGCUCGCCGUCGUAGUGGAGCACAACGGAGCGCAGCAAAGCUGAAAGCGGUGCGGAGAGCAGAGAGCACGGAGGAGAGCCCCUAACCACACGCUAACCAGCCUCGCUCGCUCGCAAUAACUCUAAACGAGGCAAGAUGGCGGCCGCGGAGGCAGCGGAGGCCCCGUCCGCUCUCCUCGCGCUCACCACGGGCGACAAGAUCCUCGUGACCGUCGAUUCCGCGCUGCCCGACAUCCUCGUGGUGUCUUUCGUCCACGGUGCCAAGUGCUUCCAAGGCGUGCUCCUUGACGCUACCAAGAGAGGCCUUCCCUGUGGUGUUCAACCUCCGGAGCCGAUUCCUGGGCCUGAUGGCGACAAAUUGGCGACGAUCGCGGCGCGCUUUAGCUACUUCCAAGAGCGGAAGAGCACGUUGUCGCAGUCUACGGCUGCCGUUGUUACCAAGGUCGACCUUCGCAGGAGCAUCAAUCCGCCCGCCAGGUAUAAAAAUGCUAGGCCGACAGUGAGACUGAGGCCACGUCAGGUGCUCUGCAGCAAGUGUCGGUCGAUCUGCAACGAGAAUAGCGAGAACGUCGAUGUCAGCAGGAAGCGGAAGCAUGAAGAGGUGCCUCAGCAACCGCAACAGCAGUUGGUCGCGAGUACCACGAGAAGAAGCGACCGACGUUGCGGUCAGCAAUUGCAGAAGGGCCAACGGACUCUGCUUUCCGAAUGCCAGACGGAAAACUCGACCUCCAAUCAAACGACGAAGACAACGGCCUCGAGCCCCGACUCGUCGAAGAUGGGGGCUUCCUUGAUACCGAAAUUAGCCAGAUUACAGCCUAACGAGAUCAGUAACGCCAUACAGGGCUCUGGUCAAUUCUCCGACAAAGUGAAAGUUGCGGCGAGCGCGCAGCUGUCGCACUGGCCCGUUAGAGGUGAGGAGGAGACGUCCCUGAGAAAUGUGCUGAGACCUGCGGAAGAAAGAAUGGAGUCCACCGACUGCGACAGCAAUCCCUCGAUGGCUUACUGUGCCACGCCUAGGAGACUCAGCAGCUCAUCGGUGGAAAGUGCGAAGGUACCCGAAGAAGAAGACAAGAAAACCUUCGCGGCCGCGGACUCAACGAUGAGACUGAGAACCGGUAGAAUACCGAGAAAGAAACGUUCGGUAGGCUCGAUGGAGGAUCUCUGGGACGAGUCCGUUUUCGAGGAUCCUACGAGAACUGCUCGGACCACACCGGUGAUCAAAAUCUCAUUCGGCGCGCAAGGCGAAGGUACGGUUUUGAAAAUACCCGCCAAACUUCAGGACCCUGAGUACGAACAGGAGACUGAUGAUCCCGACGACAUCCAGCAAGAGAGGGAUCCUCUGGAACUGCCCAGAUCCUUCGACAACGACUACGAGUAUCAUGAGGAAGGUGAAGAAGACGGGCAAGAACAGAUGGACCCUCAGAAGCAGGGUGUGAAGGAUGCCAGCGCAAAGGCGGCCAAACGGGCUUUGAAGAAAGCCAAGAAAGAAGCUAGGAGGAAGAUGUUGGGUGGAGUGUCGCCAGCGAGAUCUCCUUGCAACGGAUCACCGAGGUACAAUCCCACUUACGAUCCGCUCUCGUACCAUCGUCGGAAGCACAAGGUAAAACACAAAAAGAAGCACAAGGAGGGCCGGAAGCACAAAAGCCAGCAGCAAGAGCAACAGCCGCAGCAGCAACAGCCUGAAUCCUGCUUGGACCCUUCGGAACAGCACCAGCAGAACUGGAAUGUUCUACCUGGUGGUGAGUCCUAUCGAGCCAUCAAGGAGCAGUGCCUGAAGCAGAAGCUGUCGAUAUCGCUCAAGAGGCUCAAUACGAACGCGUAUGCGCGCUGCGACUACCCCGUCAGCAACGCGUCCUCCGGUUGCAAGAGCUCCGGCGGUAGCAGCGACGAGCUGAGCGAGCACGAGCCGGAAGUGGAGACGGCGCCUGACUUCCCGCCGCAAUCUCAUCCUUUGGUGAUGCGACUGGCCGCCACCCCUGUCGCUCACUGUCUCACGGCCAACGGCAGGAGAAUGGACGUAGGCGACGUUGUGUGGGGCAAGAUCCACGGUUUCCCGUGGUGGCCUGGCAAGGUUCUAAGUAUCACAGUAUCAUGUAAGGAAGAUGGCACUUCGUCCGGUCCUCAAGCUCAUGUGGCUUGGUACGGAUCGUCCACAAGCUCGCUAAUGUCCUGCGACCAGCUAAGUCCUUUCCUCGAAACAUUCAAGACGCGGUACAACAAGAAAAAACGCGGCCCGUACAAAGAGGCGAUACGGCAGGCCCAGAACGAGGCCCGUAGUCAGAUUACGCCUAACUCGACCAACAGCGUGUUGAACGUUUGCGGUUCGCCCCGUGAGGUCAACGUCCUUUCCUAAGGGAAGUUCUCCGACAACCAUUCCUUACUGCCGAGCAUCCGUCGGCGUGAUAAUUAAAGCGCUCGUGGCAAGAGAGUGCUGACCGAUUGUCCACGAUAUUCCCAGCUGUGUCGAGUUAACCCCGAUUUCGAUUUAAUUUUUCCAAUCGCUUACCCGUUUUCGUUAAGUCUAUUUUUGGAUCUUUCUCCGCCAGAUCUUUGGAUUUAUUGGCUCGUAAACGCCGCAAGCUGAAGGAUAUAUUCUUUCUUUUUGAAAUCGGGGUUCGGAUGCGGCCUCCUCCUUCAUGACGCACGAGACUUGGUUAGCUUAGAUGUUGAGACCCAAAUUCAGCUGUUAAAUUUAUUGUUGUGAUCUGAAAAUCUCGCGGAUCUUCGCAGAUCGCUUGAUCUUUUGAGACUUGAAUUAUUUGAGGCUGUGGAGAUGUGAAUUUGAAUUAUUUGUAUGUAUGUACUGAAGUGAAGUGUGUAUCUGAACAUGAGUACAAUAACGUGUACACUCUUUUUUAUCACGAGACUCAUUGCUGCUAAUCGCAACAAGGACUGAAUUUAUGAGAAGAUAAUUCUUUCGUUGCGUCGAGCGAGUGUGGGUCAACGCUGACUUUCUGCGAGCGCUUGAAUUAUGACGGAUCGGAAUUGUCAUGUAACAUAUGAAAUUUUGUACAUACCCCUUAGCGCUAAUGAAAUAGUUACUGAUCGAUGUUUCUGUCAGCCAUUUUUCUCGUGAUUAGUCGCUUAGAGCCAGUCGCCCCGAUUACCCGAUUCAGUUUCAAGUCCGUCGUUGAACGAAUAGCGGAAUUCGGAGCUUUCGACGUUUUGGCAUUUUAUCGUUCUCGUAUCUUGGAUCCACUAGAUCCGCGGAUUCGCAAAGUAUUGAACAUUUUCAGUCACAAUGUUGAAAUAAAAAAAAAGAGGCUUUUAACUACAGUGUUUCUUACAUUACAAGCUCUGUCGGAUUAUCUUGCGUAGAACUUUUAGAACAACGGAUUUCAGUGCGACACAGAGCGUUCAGAAUCGUCAGAAUCUUCGGAACGCCGCGAUCGACUGACUCUUGGCGAAUCGCGAACGUUUACUGCCAUCAUCACUGGCUUCUCUGUCCUCGGCUUACCAAGCGGACGGUAGCGUGUAAAAGUCUACUCUAGAUAUUUCUAGACUAAUCGUAAGUACUCACGGCGAAGUUAACUGAUCGGUUCGUUUCUUCGUUGAUUAAUCUCUCAAAUGUCUCGGGCGACGCGAGUCUCGCGAUUAUCGAGGAUUGACACAAUUAUCGUUAAUUGUUACACCCGGUAGAAUGGACAAACAAAUUAAUUAUUCGAAACAGUGCGACUCUAUAUCUCAGAAACACAGACUGUAACUUAUGUUUUUUGUCCAACUGUAGUCGUCACUUCGUUACAAACGUAUGGUACGUGCGUUACCAUAUAUACGGUGUAUACCUUUCAGCUUCGAUAUGUGUUCUUUUACAUAUAUGUAUAUAUAACAUUUUUUUCUGUAGUGGUGUUUUAAGUUCUUCCCAGAAAAAGCAUCGAUUUGAGGGAUUAAGUGUAAAUUGUUGUCAGUAGUUAUUGACAUUCUUUCUGUCAGCCGCCAUAGUGAUUCGUGUCGCAGAUUUAGCUGGACAAAAUGCUGGGUGUGCUUAGGAUCGUAUUUAAAUGUAAACUUUCAUUCUUCUCCGACAAAGACAGCCAAUGUUUACGCUUUGUGCCAACACUGC